AAUGGUUGUUAGUCAUAUUAGUUCGUUUGCUCGAUGAACAACGGAUAGUGACAGAGAGAGACGCGCGAGUGAUAAAAUCAAAAUAUUUAACCGCGAUAAUUACGAUUUAUGUGUGAUUGGAAACGGAAUCGUAGGGACCACCCAAGCGCUAGAAGUGCAACAGCCAACGCAGCAUAAAAAACAAAAAGAAAAACAAUAAACCAGCAACUAUCAAAAUUUGAUGAACAACAUGUGCCUUUCAACGCCUACAACAAAUGAAGCUGGCAACAGCGCUAGCUGCAGCUUGGGUGUUGCAUGCAACGCAGCGCGUACUGAGAACGCUGCUGACAGCCAACUGAAGCACAGAAGUCAAGUUGCAACAGCUACACAUACCAAAGAAUCAACAAAACUAGAUGAUAGCCUAGGAUUUAAGGAAGAGAAUGCCAUAUACAAAGAGCAUGCAAGCAAGCAGCAGCAGCAGGAGCAGCAACAACAACAAGCUGCAGCAGUUGACUAUAAUCCGCAGAUUAGAUGGCCCGAUCUGGGCGCUCAGACGUUUUUGCAUGUGGGCGCGCUCUAUGGCGUUUAUUUGCUCUGCUAUGCAAAGUUCUACACAUUCUUGUGGGUUGCUGCAACAAUUUUAUUUUCGGGUAUUGGCAUUACAGCGGGAGCUCAUCGUCUAUGGUCCCACAAGUCCUACCAUGCCUCGUUGCCUCUACGCAUUCUAUUGUGCUUUAUGUUCACAAUUGCUGGACAGCGCGAUGCUUAUACUUGGGCCUUGGAUCAUAGAAUACAUCACAAGUUCUCGGAGACCGAUGCCGAUCCUCAUAAUGCAAAUCGCGGCUUCUUCUUCGCUCAUGUCGGUUGGUUAUUCCUUACCCCACAUCCCAAGGUCAUUGAGAAGCGUAAGGUUAUUGAUAUGUCUGAUCUGGAGGCCGAUGCUGUGGUCAUGUUCCAGCGUAAAUAUUACAUAAUUCUAUUCGCGCUUUGCUCCAUCGUAUUGCCUGUCAUGGUUCCCUGGUAUUUCUGGCAAGAGAGUCUCUGGAUGUCAUUCUGGAUCAAUUUCAAUAUGCGUUUCACCUGGACCCUCAAUGUGGCCUUCUUUGUGAAUAGUGUAGCGCAUAUGUAUGGCAAUAAGCCAUAUGACAAAAACAUCACUCCUGUGGAGGCUCCCAUUGUAUCGCUUCUUGCGCUGGGUGAGGGCUGGCAUAACUAUCAUCAUGUAUUCCCAUGGGAUUACAAGACCGGCGAGUUCGGCAACUAUACGCUGAAUAUAACUACAGGAUUCAUCGAUCUCUGUGCACGUCUAGGACUGGCCAGCGGACGUAAAUCCGUAUCUCCGGAUAUGGUGCUGCGACGUGCGGAAAAAUGUGGCGAUGGCACGCGUUUUCUUAGCGAUGAAUAUGCGCAUAAGGAUCAAGUGUGGGGCUUUGGAGAUUGUGAUUUGCCACGCGAGGACAUUGUUGAGCUGGUCAAAAUGCAGUCUUGAAUAGCUUUACUUUAGUAUUAUCAGCUCACAGCCCGUGCUUUAGUCUUAAGUUAGCAUAAAAACAUAUUCUCUCCCAGUUAAAAAAAAAAAAACAAACUCUCUAUGUAGAGAAUAAUCUGCUUUUGUUACUUACCCCAGGGCAUUAAACUAUUGUAUUUAAAUGUAUUAAACUAUUGUAUUAAAACGCCCCAAAGCAA